GUUUUCCCGCCCUUAACCCUGCGCGCGCGGGCAGAGCCGGGCCCGGGGACCGACAGCGGGGUACAGAAUAACGUCCAUGUUUUGCUCCGGAUCGUCCCACUCUUCCACGGGAAAGGCAAUGGCUGCAGCGGAGUUAGCUGAGGGGCCGGUGACCUUCGAGGAGGUGGCUCUGUAUUUCACCGAGUCAGAGUGGGCUCUGCUGGACCCCGCUCAGAGAGCCCUCUACAGAGAUGUCAUGCAGGAGAACUAUGAGAAUGUGACCUUGCUAGGGUUUCCAGUUUCUAAACCUCAUGUGAUCUCCUGGCUGGAACGAGGGGAGGAACCAUGGGUCCCAGACCUCCAGGACUCUGAGGAAAGAGAGACCCUGAGAGAUGCCCGCACAGCUGCAAAUGUUUCAACGCUGCCCCUAUCAUCUCCGUCCCAGAGGCUAGCGAAGAUUAGAAGGUGAAAAAAACGCACUCGCGAUGAAAUGUUCUCUGAGCUCAUGCAGUCCUCCCACACUGAAAGAUCCCAGCAGAAUGCGUGGAGGCAAGCAAUGUCAGAGUCUAGGAAAGCACAAUAUGAACGCGAGGAUAGGUGGCGGGUUGAAGGUGAUAGGGGGUGUCAGCUUGCUGACAGAAGGCAGGAGGCAAUGCUGAGGCUACUGGAGGAUCAAACUGAUAUGCUCCGGUAUAUGGUUGAGCUGCAGGAAAGGCAGGAGCACAGACCGCCGCUGCAGCCCCUGUGUAACCAACCGCCCUCCUCCCCAAGUUCCAUAGCCUCCUCACCCAGACGCCCGAGAACGUGGUGGGGGCGCCUCUGGGCACCCAAGCACUCCACCCCAGAGGACUGCACAAGCAACAGAAAGCUGGCAUUCAAUAAGUUUUAAAGUGCAAUGUGGCCUUGUCCUUCCCUCCUCCCCCACCCCACCCAGGCUACCUUGGCAGUUAUACCCCCUAUUUGUGUGAUGAAUUAAUAAACAAUGCAUGAAUUUGAAACAA